AUGGCUCACGUCGGCGCCGCCGCCGCGGCCGGCGGCAACGGCGAGGCAUUCUGGACGGCGUGCCCGCACUGCUGCCACGUGCACCUCUACCCGCGCCCCUACCUCGGGCUCCGCCUCCGCUGCCCGGUCCCGGCCUGCCGCCGCGCCUUCCGCGCCUCCGAGCUUCCCGCCGCGCCGCCCGUCGUCCCCGGCGCCGACAUGUACUUCUGCACCUGGGCAUUCUUCCCGCUCGGCCCGCCCGCCACCACCGACGCCUGGGUGCCCUUCGCCCCGUUCCACCCAUUCAGCCCCCCGCCCUCCCCCUCCCCGUCCCCCGCCCCCGCCCCGAACCCCGCCGCCGCAUCCACCGACACGCCAACCCGCCCGACGUCCCGGAGGAAGGUCGGGGUGUGCCUCAAGGGGAGGGCACGGGCCGAGGCGGAGGAGGAAGAGGAAGCGACAGCCGCCGCCGUCAAUCUCGAGGCCGGGGCGGCUGGGCUCGGCGAAAGGGACGGCACCGGCAUCGACAUCGACAUCGACAUCAACGAGACGGUCGACCUCAGCGACCUGGGCUUCCGCGUCGACGACAUGGGGGUGCUCCACGACUUGCCGUGAGGCAUUCGUGGACUCGUGAGGCGGAGGAACAAGGGAAAGGUUCUGCCUUUUGAUCACAAUCUUGUUCUUGCUAAUGCUGCUUACUGACUAACAGGCCAACGAGGUGGAUGGUUUGUUGGAAAACUUAGAAGUGCAUUGGAAUCGGCGUAUUUUUGCCUAAGCUUAGCUUAGUUUCUGAUGGAAAUGUAGGGUUCAUUGCUGCAAAGCUGUUAGAUUUUCUGAUUUAACAUCAUGGCGGUGGAGAUGCAGAAUGUGGCUCCUUUUGUGUUGAUUUGGUGGUGUAAAGUGGG